ACCCUUCCGGGACUGGAACCACCGGAAUAUGUUUAGUUGGUUUAGUAAAAGAAUACUCAAUUGAUAUGGUGGUUUAUGAGAUAAAUAAUUAUGUUGGUCCAGUUAAUCGAGGCAAAGAUAUAAUUAAUCUGCUUAAAUUAUUUGCAGCGAUUGAAACUCUUACUUAUUACUUUCCAAAUCUUAAAGUCUUUACUGUUCCUGCUAAACAAACUCAACAAAUGAAAGAACAAAUUUUAAACAAGAAAAAGGCAAUUAGUGGUGUUAAUUAUCAACGAGGAAAAGGCUGGACCUACCAAAAUAAUAUUAUUAGCAUUCAUGAAUUAGAUGCAUUUUUAACUUACUGA